GUAUUCUUGGAACAUAGACCGGCCUGUCGACUAUUGCAGCCACUUCACCCGCUGGCACGCCCCCAACCCAUCCCGCGAGACAUGCCGCGGUAAUCUACACAUUAGUGCAAGCACACAAAUCAGGACAUUCUCGCUACUUGCUCUUUCCCCGACUUUCCGGCCCUCCCAGCCAUGUCCGAAACCUUCUCUCCCAACUUGACCUUCACCGAAGGCUUCGUUCUCGGCCAGGCAUCGUUCUUAAUCAUCCUCCUAUUGUUUAUUCGCUAUGUUGUAUUCUCUCCCAGUGAGCAGAUAGACCAUGAAGGCUGGCGCAAACGACGUGCCGAGCGGGCAGAUCUCCUCUCUAACCAUACACCCCCUCCAUUAUCAAACCUCCUGUCCAAGACAUCAUAUGAUAUGUCUAUCCAUCCCGCCGAAUCUUCCGACUGGGUUAAUGUUUUGUUGGCUCAAAUCUUACAAGGUUACCGGAAUGACCUUCUUUCGGAAGGCGGAGAAGAAGGCGCAAGGCAGAGAAUAGAAGGAUGGCUUAAUCCGAAGGGAGAAAACCUAAGCUGGCUUGAUCCAAUAGAUGUCACCUCGUUGUCGCUUGGAACUUCCUAUCCGCUCUUGUCAAAUGCUAGAAUAAGGCCAGCAGAUGGACAAGGUCGCUUGCGUGCAGAAAUUGAUGUUGACUAUCUGGACUCUUUGAGCAUGACACUCUCCACGGCCGUUCUGGUCAACUUUCCAAAGCCGCGUUUUGCGGUCUUACCAGUCACAUUGGGUGUCGAGCUUGUGUCUAUCGGUGGUACUAUGAGUGUACAACUUCAUGAACCAAUAGAGGAUCGACAACAUAUUCAUGUAAACUUAUUGCCUGAUUUCCAUCUCAACCUGAAAGUCACAAGUCUCCUUGGAAGUCGAGCAAAAUUACAAGAUAUACCCAAACUUGAACAGCUUAUUGUCUCUCGUCUUCGAAACCUUGUGCAAGACCGUUUUGUCCACCCGAACCAUAUCUCGCUUGCUCUUCCUCGCAUACUUUCACCAUCAGUUUCUUCCACUCCGAUUUUGGAAGGCCUAGGUGAAGGUGCAGUCGAUGCAAUGAAGGACGCAGUUAGUGAUGGAAUGAAAAGAAUGGUGGAAGAUUUCAUGGGCGAAAAUCCCGUGGAAGGGGCCUUGAAUGGACAAGGUGAAGAGCAAUGGUUAGACGAUGACUUUCCCCCAACUCCGCUCGUUCAGCCUCCCGGUACCUUCCCUACUCUCUCAGUGUCCUCUCGACAAUCUCAUCGACAGUCUCUUCCUCCCUCUCGGCCCCAAAGUACCACUCAAGGCCAACCCCAGCUAUUCUACCGACGUCCUCUAAUUCAUCCGACCCAAAGCUAUCCUCACUAUAAUACCUACACUUUAGAUCCACAAAUACCCCAUUCCGUCUCUUACCGCCAUCCUCCUCGAGGAUCUCAUGUUCACAAUCCGCCCGAAACGCCCGUGCCCCAAAGACCAUCUCACGGACAGGGACGUAUGUCGACAACGUCCAGUCUGACGCCAAGCCAGAGUCAGAGUCAGUUCAGGUUCAGGGGACAGUUUGCUUCGGGUGUGACCCCUGGCCAGGUAGGUACAAGUCGUUAAUUGAUGUCGAGGCCGUAAUGGAAUGCCUCGAAUAAUGGAUGGUUUGAAGUCUUGCUGUUCGCAUGAAUAGUCUUGUACCAAAGGGCAGCUCCUGCUUGGAACUUAUUCUCUCUUCGGCGUUCAAAGUGUAGAGGCCUUGCGAUGUCUCUCCAUUGUUUUGAUCAUUCUAUUAUGGG